AUGGAGAACAACACAGAAGUGACUGAAUUCAUCCUGCUGGGACUAACCAAUGCCCCAGAGCUGCAGAUCCCCCUCUUUGUCAUGUUCACCCUCCUCUACCUCAUCAAUGUGGUUGGGAACCUGGGGAUGAUGGUGUUGAUUCUCUUGGACUCCUGUCUCCACACUCCCAUGUACUUUUUCCUCAGUAACCUGUCUCUGGUGGACUUUGGUUACUCUACAGCUGUCACUCCCAAGGUCAUGGCUGGAUUACUUAUAGAAGACAAGGUCAUCUCCUACAAUGCGUGUGCUGCUCAGAUGUUCUUUUUUGCGGUCCUUGCCACAGUGGAGAGUUACCUGUUGGCCUCAGUGGCCUAUGAUCGCUACGCAGCGGUGUGCAGACCCCUCCAUUACACCACCACCAUGACGACAGGUGUGUGUGCUCGUUUGGCUAUAGGCUCCUAUGUUUUUGGUUUUCUGAAUGCUUCUGUGGAUGUUGGAAACACAUUCCAUCUCUCCUUCUGUAAGUCCAAUGUGAUCCAUCACUUUUUCUGUGAUAUUCCUGCAGUUUUUCUCUCUUGUUCUGAUAGACAUGUCAGUGAGCUGGUUCUUGUUUUUGUAGCAAGCUUCCACAUCUUUUUUGGUCUUUUGGUUAUUUUGAUUUCCUACCUGUUCAUAUUUAUCACCAUCCUGAAGAUGCCUUCAAUAGAGGGAUACCUGAAAGCUAUAUCCACCUGUGCUUCUCACCUCAUUGCAGUCUCCAUCUUCUAUGGGACAGUCAUCUUCAUGUACUCCCAGCCCACCUCCAGCCAUUCCAUGGACACAGACAAAAUUGUAUCUGUGUUCUAUACUAUGGUCAUCCCUGUGCUAAACCCUGUGGUCUACAGCCUGAGGAACAAAGAGGUCAAGAAUGCUUUCAAGAAGGUUGUUGAGAAAGCAAAACUGUCUCUAAGCUUCACCUCUUAG